AUGUCCGACUCAGAUUCAUCCAAAUUUACUGACCCAUCUACUAACAAGCACUGGUCUGUAGCACAAGUAUAUGACAAUUGGAUCUAUGUGUGGACACUGCCGCAGCACAUUUCACAAUCAAGAUUUGGCGGUAGGCGAAAACCUUCAAGCGCAUGCACCAUUAUUGCUUUAGCGAUGGCUAGAGUAUAUCACAGGUCAGGAAUGCGGUUGCCGUCAAUGCCGCUGUCGAGAGAAGGAAAUAGCAACAAUGAGGUCAUCAUUCCAGUGUCAUUACUAGCCUCACUAACCAACUCAAUCGUAGACGGAAAUGCGGUGCAUGCUCGAGAGAUGGCGAAGAGACAGACCUCACGAGUAUCAUUUGUUCUCGCACUUGACACAUUCACUAUUCCUCAAGGGAUUGAGGCUCUUGGUGGAGUAAUCCACGAAAUCGAUUACAGAAGUGUGCGUGGAAUCACAUGGAAACUCCUACCUCAGCACAUCCAGCAUGCUAUUGGUAGUGAAUUUAUCGCUCAUCUACCUUCGCUAUUUUUCGUAUUGAUUAUAGUUGAAAGAGCUGUUUUAAUCAUUCACGAAAGAGAGAACGGAACCAUUGCAAUUCUGGAUUCUCAUUCCUAUAUGCAAGGAAAGAGAGGUGCCGUAAUAGCGAUUUCUCACAUUGCCAACUUGCGUCGGUUUACAUCUUUUGACUCACAUCUUCUAUAA